AUGGGUUUUUAUCAAGGCAAUGACAAUGACGCCAGCACCAAGGCAUUUAAUGACAAUUAUAUCAAAGAUCAAAAAUUCGCAACGGCUCCCUUCUGGAACCUCUUUCCAAAGUUAAGGGAUAUUGAUGAACACGAUGACGCACUCUUACCAUUGCCCUUCAAGUUCAACUUCAGGGAUUUUGGUGAUAGUGCAUUCGCCAUGGCGUCCGGAAUCCCUACUGUAAAGCAGUUUGACAAGUGCGAAGAACUUGAGGGCCAAUCCGCAUGGACUACCCAGGGAAUUUGGAAAUGCCUUGUCCCAAGUAAGGCUAUCCCUCCUCUACCCAACUUGGACUUCCUCUUACCUCUGGAGGAGGUUCAAUCUGACAAAUCGCACUCUCGUGGGUUGUUCUUCAACGAUUUCAACCUCUUUCUGAAAUGGAGGUCGCACAUGAAUAAGCUACAAAAGCAAAGAAGCAAGACUAGAACUACUGCCGUAGAGUCUCUGGCUAGAACUCCGGAGGACCUCAUGCUGAGCUGGGAUGACUUGCAUCUGGGCAACGAUGCUGAAUAUGUUUCUGCAGAUGGCUCCAAGAAAAUCGUUGGGAGAGCACAGUCCAUAAGCACCACGAAGGAUUCCAAUGAUGCAAAACGCAGCACCGUCAAAACUGAGAAAAUCUACUUUGAUGAUGGCACAGUAGACGUCACUACCACCACUACUUCCAAAGGAUCCGCUCCCAAGGUGAAGCAUGAAGUGGUGAGUGUCGACGAGGAUAAUUAG